AUGAACGCCCAAAAUAAGCCCCAAAUCAUCGAGCACAUAAACCACCCCCUCGAUGACACCGUCUACGAUGUGAAAUGGGUACACGGCAAGUCCGACAUUCUCGCUGUCGGGGAAAAGCUAAAUAAAAAGGGGUACAUAAAUGUGUAUAAUCUGAACAAGGGGAAGUUCACCUGCAUUUCUGACCACGAAACGGACACGGGGGUAAAGACCAUCAGCCCCUUUUUCUCCUACUCCGGGGGGUACACCAUUGCCUGCGGUACGUUCGACGGAAAAAUACUACUGUACGAUAUUAACCGCAUGUCCACCCCGUACUACACCAUACACAAGCACACAAAACUCAUAAACAAAGUAGAGUGUAAAAAUUACAAAAACAAUAAUUUAGUUGUCAGUGCGAGUAGGGAUGGGUCUGUCAAAAUAUUCGACAUAAGAACGGAUAAUGAAGUUGUUAGUUUAGAGCCACCCAAGGAUUCGGCUUACAUCCCCGACUGUUGGUGUGUCGCGACAGGAAACAACUACAUAGAAGUAAAAUCUCCCUUUGGGGGAGGCGAAGAAAACCUGAAUUUAUGUGCAGGAUAUGACAAUGGGGACAUCAAAUUUUUCGACUUAAAAAUGAUGACAGUAGAACAUGAAGUCAACGUCAAUAAUGGCGUUUGCGCAGUGAGCUACGACAGGAAAGACACGAAAAAGAACAAAUUAAUUUGCUCCACUUUGGAGGGAAAUAUUUAUAUCUUUAACAUGGAUGUGUACAGCGAAGAUUUGGGAUAUGCCUACAGCAAGGAUCAGAUUGUCUCAGGUUUGUUUUGUUGCCUUGCCCUGUACAAAUAUGCGAACCCUGAGAAAAAUUACAUCUUUGACGAAACCAAGGGGUGCAAAAGGGGCGUUGUAGGCGAACUGGAAAAAUUAAAUUUCCUCAAAGUGUCCACUCAACCCAUAAUUUCAUUCGACUGGAACAUCAACAAGUUGGGACUCUGUGCCUUCGCGUCGUUGGAUCAAACAAUUAGGGUUUACAUAAUAACGAAGCUAAAUUUGUGUUAA